UAACAAAGAAACAUUGUUUUUCAGACCAGAGCAACAACACCAGGGUCGGGGUAGGUGGGCGCACACCGCAGUAUUUGACAGAAUGUCAACCUUUUCUUCUGUUGUCCGAAAACCGGGCCAGAAAAUCACCCCAAAAACAGCCCCAAGGCGAAACAUUCAGAGAGCGACCCGACAUGCAGCACCACCAUCGUUGACUCCAGAGAGUCGGACAGUGAGCCCCGGUGUUGAACGCCCAGAAGAGAGUACAGAAGGUCAGGAAGAUGUACAAGAACCAGUCCAGAGUGUCCUGGAGUCGACCGAGAUACCAUCAACAUCACAAUCCAUAGAAACGUCUCUUCCACUACCCGCUCCUCUUGAAACCUCCGCGAGAGAACCCACCGAACAGCGCUCUGGCAGCGAGCAACCGGUGUCUGUGGAAGUGACUGUCCCUAGCAACACCAGUCAAGGGAUCUCCAUCCUACAUCCAGUACACUCUAAUGGACCAAGUUCCACUUCAAACGCGAUCCCAACUAUCGCUACCUCCAGCACUCCCGUUGUACGAGAAACCAGUCAGCGUACGAGCGAACCCAUAACCGCGCAAUUAGACGGGCCUGCUCAAGAACAGGGCGACGGACCACAGGGACAGACCCAUUCUCCCGUGGACUCCAGGAAGAGGCGGAAGAUCACACACUCUCGAGAGAACAACGAACCACCACUGCCUGCUACACCACCUCCCUCGGACGAGACCUCGCUUCUGCUAAGAGCCAGCCCAAGGAGCAGACGUAGUGAGUCACAGACUUCCGAAGCUCUCCUGCAGGAUGUCACCAGUCGAUUUGCCGAGGUUUCGCAACUUGCGAACUCGAUAGAGAGCGGAGCCAGGUCUCUGAGGCCCCGGUCUGAACGCCCUUCAUAUACACAAUCAGGGGAGGAUGGAGAGGGAGAGGAAGGGGCCGAUGGAGCAGAUCACACUCCUGAGCCAAAAACCGCAAGAAAGAAGCGAUCCCGGGCGAAGCGCAUUGAAGCUCUAGCACAGCAAGUGAUCGAAGACGCUGUAAGUGGUGGGGCAAAAGGUCGUCGGCAAUCACGACUUUCCACCCCUGAAAAUGCUGAAGAAAUGGAGAUUGAUCCCGAGGAAGUCUCAAUGAGCGACCUGGUGAAAGAUAACAAGAUAGGGAGGAAAUCCACAACAGAGAACAGGAUGCAGGAAAAUUGGGUGGAAAUCAAGCGACGCAGGAAAGAGGAGAUUGAGCGACGAAGGGAGGCGGCCGCACAAGGCAGACAUGGUCGACAAGCAUUAGUUGCCCCUCAGGACGUUCCCGUGGAGGAAGCAGUGGUACCGCAGCAGAUCGUUGUCAAUGGAAAGAUCGUUGUCACAAACGAAUCUCGAGAAGUCGCUUUUGGAGCUGGCGUGGAGCAAGCAGUUAUCGAGGAUGCUGAUGUAGCGCUGGAAGACGAUCGAAUCUACAAGUAUGUCAACCAAGGCACACUGGGCAAGCAUGCUGGCCGGCGGCGUGGGACACGCUGGGAUGAUGAACAGACAGAGCUAUUCUACAAAGGUCUGCGGAUGUUUGGAACCGAUUUUGCCAUGAUUGCAAAUCUAUUUCCUGGUCUGGACCGAAAGCAGGUCAAGCUGAAGUACAUUAUUGAGGAGCGCGAAGUUCCUGUUCGAGUGCGGGAGAGUGUGGCGGCGAAAGAGCCCGUGGACAUUGAGGAAUAUUCGAGGAUGACGAACCAGGAAUACGAGGAUCCCGAUAAGAUCAUGGCCGAGUUGGCGGCUGACGAGAAGAGGCUGCGUGAGGAAGACCGACAGAGGCGUACCAAUGAAGGAUAUGUUCUUGAGGGAGCGGAUGUUCCUUUGCCGUCUACUGAAAGAGAUCACGAUGGGGUUGAGGACGCUGUUGAGGAGGAAAGUCAAGCAGGCGUACCUGCUCAAACAGCGAAUACAGACCGGAGAGAUCGCAUCUCAUCAUUGGCAGAGACAGUCGUUGCGGCCGCUGUGGCACCGAAGAGGAAGCAAGCACUGCGAAAGACCAAAGAGCCUGUCGGCCGUGGAAGACAAGCGAAGAAAGGCAGAGGAGCGAUCGAAGGUGUCGAAGAGAGAAUCGGCCCUAUCGAUGAAGUCGAGCGUUAGAGCGCUCCUGUAUCAUAUCAUAGUGCUGGAAAACAAAAAGCCCGAUGAGGCGCAUAACCAGCACAGUCAGUCGCUGACUAGAGUACUCCGAACAAGAAUUGCUUCGUGCUCUCCAUCCUGGUCUCUGUACAAGUCCUAUUGUCCUGCAUCGAACGUCGUAUCUGGUGCAUCUUCGCUUUUGAGUAUUCGUCAUCAGAACCAGUACCAAGCCCAGCGCCAGAUGCAGUAAUCGAAGCACUGUUCAGGCAUAACGUUGACGGUUCGAUUGACCAGCUCGCAGUGACAGGAUAUGGUUGGCUUGAAGACCCCUAUCACG